AAGAAGAAGCAGCAGGAGGAGGAGGAGGAGAUGUCAUCCUUCAGAGCGGUGUCGCUGAGCAGCUCUUUGCUCGCUGCCGCCACGGAGAACAAGAAGAGGAGCGAGGAGGCGGGGCUGAGCAUCCAGGAGCUGCCGUCUCUGUACACCCGGCCUGAACCCGAGCGUCCCUGCCUGGAGCCGGAGGCGGGGCCUCUGGAGCAGAGCGUAGCGUCCCUGAGGAAGUGGGCGGAGCCUUACACCAGCCAGUUUCAGCUCGCGGCUCAGGCUGCUGGAGACAAACUGGAGCAGGUCUACAGGAUGGUCCAGCCCCCCGUCAGCUCCUCAGUCACUGCUGCCUCAGAUGCCUUCCGGUUCCUGCAGGACCCUCCUCCAGACCUCUACCCCAGCGUAGCGGCGGUGGGCUUCUCCGGCUUCCUGGGACUUUAUUUUGCUAAAGGCUCCAGGACGAAGCGACUCCUCUUCCCUCUGGGCCUCAUGUCCCUGACGGCCUCCGUCUUCUACCCACAGCAGGCUGCAGCCCUGCUGAAGGUGAGUCGGGACUCGGCCUCCAGCUGGACUCAGCAGGGUCGGGGUGCCGUGGAGCAGCUGUGGAAAGAUCCUCCAUUUUCAAGGAAGAAGUCUGAGAAGAAGGAAAAGGCAGACUCUGGACCGAGCAGCUGAAGGAGACCUGGACCCCCACCUGGACCUGGACCAAUGACCUGCACUACUCACCUGGAUCUGGACCCCCCCACCUGGACCUGGACCAGUCACCUGUUGAUCUUCACUCAGCCUGCUCCUCAGCUCAGACGUCUGACCCACAUGACUCCACCACAGAAUGGAUAGGGCUAAAGCUCACUAAGCUAGGACUAGUUUUCACCCAAACUGCUCGCUUAGAGAGAGUUAGCAUUAGCAUCGGUGCUAUUCAAAGCUCCACUAGAGACGAACUCCUUUCAGUGACCAGUGCUCAGGCUAACCAAGUGUUUUGUUUCCAUCUGAGUGGUUUUGGAUAAUGCUAAUGCUAACUGUUGUGUCAGUUCAAUGCUCCCCACGUCUCGCUCAGUGAGAGUUAGCGUUAGCAUGAGUCAACGCCUUGCCUCCAAUGAAGCUUCAUGUAAAAUACAGCCGAUGCUGACGCUAAUGCUAGCGGAAUCAGUGAGUGUGGUGGGGCAAAAUGCUAGCUUUGUAAAUAUAUAGCUGUGUGUGUGUUCAGGUGGUUGUGUUACAAUGUGUGUUUCUCUGUAAAGUUAAUGCUGUCAUGAUGCACUGUGAACAAACUGAGUAAAGAAAUGUGAAGACUGUGUUCCUCCUGAACUCCACCUGUUCCUCCAUCAACUCA